AUGUCAUCAUCUAAGAGCCAUCCUGAUGAAGCUGAAUCGGAUGAUCCACCAAUGAAUAAAGUUCAAGGAGAACUUCUUAAAGAAAUUUCACAAAUGUCAGUUGAUGAAUUAAAUGAGCUUGAAGAACAAUUAUCAACUGAAUUUAAAACCGUGGGUAAAGAAUAUCUUGAUAACAGAUUAUCUAGAAUCAAUGUUAUUUUGGAGAAAUUAAACAAUCUGAUCAAAUUAGCUACGGCAAAUGAUAAAAGUUGGCUAAAAAUAUAUAAUUUUGAAGUUGAAACGAUUAAUAAUAUCAUGACAAAUACAGAAGAUUUAAUCAUGGUAAAUAAUGGAAAACUUAAAAAUAAGCCUGAUCUUUUAAAAUCAAUUGAUGAAUAUCAAGAAGAAUUAAAAGAGAUUUUUAAGAAUUUACAAAGUCCAUUUGAUUUUGAUAAUACUUUUAAAUACGAUAAUGAGUAUCUAAUGAAUCAUAAAAAUAUCAACAAUAACUUGUCAAAAUUACCAUUUCCUUAUCUAUUUAAUGAUUACUUUAAGAGACACAGAGAUGGAUUGAAUGCUAUAAGUAAAGAGAAAGAUUAUCAAACCAAAUUGAUUAAAGAUAAUCUGUAUGGAAAUAGAAUAAUUUUGUGGAAACAAUAUUACAACUCGGUAAAUCAACGGAAACAAAAAUUGAUUAAUGACACACAGAAUGAGUUAAACCAACUAUACAAAGACUAUUAUCGAUUGAAUGAAUAUAAAAAUGCUGAAACUUCCAAUAGAGCUUAUUACAGAUCUUUAACUAACCCAUUUGCAGUUGAUGCAAAUACCGAUGAUAAGAUCGAUACUAUUAAUAACAAAGAUCUUGAUACUGUUCUUAAUAGCAAUCAAGAUUCCAAUUAUAUUGAGUUGGAUACUAGAUUUAAACCAAAGAGUAAGAUUGAAUUAUCGGAUAUUAGACAGAGAAUCAAGCAGAAAGAUUGGGAGGUUAGUAAUAUCGCUCAGAGGAUAAAAAGAUCUUAUGACUAUGAAGAAUCAAAUGAAAUUUGUACGAGUUUGAAUGAUUUUGAAGCCGAUGAAGAUUUGUUGCUUUUAAGACAGACCCUUAAUAGUGAUGGUACACUUUCAUCCAAGAGACGUAAAAUUGCUGAGGAUACAUCGGAUGAUUCAGAGUUGUAUUCAGAUGCAGAAGGAGAGGUAAAUAAUGAAGAAAAUAGAUCUGGUGAUUCAUCUGAAGAUGAAGAUUUAGAAGAAAGUCAAGAUUUAACCCCAGAAGAAAAACUCAAACGAAAGGAAUACAAACAAAUAUUGUUUAAUAAUGCACCUGAAUCAAGUAAACUACAGAAAUUACCACCAUUAGAAUCAUUUCCUGCAUUGUAUAAUUAUGGUUAUUAUUAUUAG